GCCGGCGCGGGCCGAGCUGCGGAGCCCCAGAGCCGCCGCCGCCGCCGCUGCGGGGACGCUCCGGCCGCACCAUGCGCGAGCUGGCCAUCGAGAUCGGGGUCCGAGCCUUGCUCUUCGGGGUCUUCGUUUUCACCGAGUUCUUGGAUCCAUUCCAGAGAGUCAUCCAGCCGGAGGAGAUCUGGCUGUACAAGAACCCACUGGUGCAGUCUGACAACAUCCCCACGCGCCUCAUGUUUGCCAUUUCCUUCCUCACACCUUUGGCCGUUAUUUGUGUGGUGAAAAUAAUUCGACGGACAGACAAGACUGAAAUUAAAGAAGCCUUCUUAGCGGUGUCCUUGGCUCUUGCUUUGAACGGUGUCUGCACAAACACUAUUAAAUUAAUAGUGGGAAGACCUCGCCCCGAUUUCUUUUACCGCUGCUUUCCAGAUGGAGUGAUGAACUCAGAAAUGCACUGCACAGGGGACCCCGACCUGGUGUCCGAGGGCCGCAAAAGCUUCCCCAGCAUCCACUCUUCCUUUGCCUUCUCGGGCCUCGGAUUCACGACCUUCUACUUGGCUGGCAAACUGCACUGCUUCACUGAGAGCGGGCGGGGCAAGAGCUGGCGCCUUUGUGCUGCCAUCCUGCCCCUCUACUGUGCCAUGAUGAUCGCCCUGUCCCGAAUGUGUGACUACAAGCAUCACUGGCAAGAUUCUUUCGUGGGCGGCGUCAUCGGCCUCAUCUUCGCCUACAUUUGCUAUCGACAACACUACCCGCCGCUGGCCAAUACAGCCUGCCACAAGCCCUAUGUCAGCUUGCGGGGUCCCCCGGCAGUGAAGAAGGAGGAGCGGCCAGCGGCUGACAACGCUCCAGGCCUGGCCCUGGAGGGCAUCACCGAGGGCCCUGUAUGAUGGGGAUCGGGGCUUAGCGUCCGGACCCUGCACAGAGCCCCAGGACAGGGGGACCCGCGGGCCUAUGCCGUCCUGGCCCCAUGUUCCCCAGCUGCCGUGAUGCUCAGGACCUUCCUGCUGCUCCACGACGCUCUAUCCCUCUUCCCGGACUUGGCCCAGGCAGGAGCCAGGAAACUCCUGGGAAAGACUGUGGGGCUGGGGUGGGUGCUACGGGUUCCCCCUCCAGCCGCCGC